UUCAAGAUGGCGUCGAGCGGAGGAGAUGGGGAACACGAAUGGACAGCGGCAGUUCGGCCGCUUUUAUCAGCUUCGUACACUGCUUUUGAGACGAAGGAGCUACCUCAGCUUAUUGGGUCUAUAAUCAACAGUGAAUCAGACAUUCUUCACCACGACAAGCAGUAUGAACCUUUCUACUCAUCAUUCGUGGCACUCUCAGCACAUUACAUCACCACAGUAUGUGGACAAAUACCAAGAAAUCAAUUGCUGUCAGUUGCUGCAGCGUGCAAAGUAUUGAUCGAAUUUUCAUUGCUGCGCUUGGAGAACCCUGAUGAGGCAUGUGCAGUUUCACAGAAACACCUGAUCCUUUUAAUAAAGGGACUGUGCACUGGCUGCAGCAGACUAGAUCGCACAGAAAUCAUUACUUUCACUGCUAUGAUGAAAUCUGCCAAGUUGCCUCAAACCGUCAAGACACUUUCAGAUGUGGAAGAUCAGAAGGAGUUACCCAGUGCUGUGAACCCAGAGCUUCGACAAAAAGAAGUACAAAUGAACUUCUUUAAUCAGCUGACAUCAGUUUUUAACCCUGACCUUACCACCAUCUUGGCCUCUCCAUCAGCAGCACACAUGCAGGCUGAAAGUGAUUGCGAUGAACAAAAUACAGAUCAAGCUGUUCAGACCAAAAUGAAAAAUGCCUUUGUGUCCCAGAAUGUGUCAAGCUUACAGGAACUAGGUGGGUCUGAGAAGUUGUUACGAGUGUGCCUCAACCUGCCCUACUUUCUACGCUACAUCAACCGCUUCCAGGAUGCUGUAUCAGCCAACUCAUUCUUUAUCAUGCCAGCCACAGUGGCUGAUGCCACUGCUGUUCGCAACGGAUUUCACUCACUGGUGAUAGAUGUGACCAUGGCUUUGGACACACUUUCCUUGCCUGUACUGGAGCCCUUGACACCAGGACGACUACUGGAUAUGACUGUGCUGGCUCUAAGCUGUCUCUAUGCUGGUGUAAGUGUGGCCACUUGCAUGGCCAUUCUACAGGUGGGUAGUGGCUUGCAACUUCGCUCUGCCUCCACUGGUACCAAAGAAGAGGACUAUGAAAAUGAUGCAGCCACAAUUGUCCAGAAAUGUCUGGAGAUUUAUGAAAUGAUCGGACAAGCCAUCAGCAACUCUCGCAGAGCUGGAGGAGAGCAUUAUCAGAACUUCCAACUGCUUGGAGCCUGGUGCCUCUUAAACAGCCUGUAUCUGAUUCUUAACCUGAGCCCGACAGCGUUGGCAGAUAAAGGAAAAGAGAAGGAUCCCCUGGCUGCUUUGCGUGUCCGUGAUAUUGCAAGUCGCACCAAGGAUGGCGCAGGGUCACCUAAACUUGGUCCUGGCAAAGGACACCAAGGCUUUGGGGUUUUGUCUGUUAUCCUGGCCAACCAUGCAAUCAAACUUUUGACUUCACUUUUCCAGGAUCUGCAGGUUGAAGCUCUGCACAGAGGUUGGGCAAGUGAUGGACCACCGGCUGAGCUCAACAUCAUGGCACAGAGCACUUCCAGCCAGAGGGUUCAAAGACUCAUUGACUCUGUUCCCUUGACAAAUCUGCUCUUCACACUUCUCUCCACCUCCUACAAAAAGGCUUGUGUUCUCCAGCGUCAGAGAAAGGGCUCAGUCAGCAGUGAUGCCAGUGCUUCUACAGAUUCAAACACCUACUAUGAGGAUGAUUUCAGCAGUACAGAGGAGGACAGCAGCCAGGCAGAGAGAAGACAGGAGAAGACAAGUGCAGCUUGUGUCUCAGAUGAUGACAGUGAACCUAUCCUGGGGCUUUGGUUUGAAGAGACAAUUUCACCAAGCAAGGACAAAGUGGCUCCUCCACCCCCUCCCCCUCCACCACCUUUGGAGACUUCUCCCAGACUGAAGAGCCCCAGCAAGCAAAAUCCAAGCGAGAACGGCAACAUUUUAGCUGGCCGUAAAGAUCCCGAACUGUUCCUCAGCUUAGCAUCCAGUAUUCUGAAUUUCAUCACCACCUCGAUGCUAAAAUCCAGAAACAACUUUAUCCGUAACUACCUGAGUGUGUCUCUCACAGAACAACACAUGGCUACGCUUGCCAGUAUCAUCAAAGAUGUGGACAAGGAUAUCAAAGGGUCUUCAGAUGAAGUCUUUUCUUUAGCACUGUAUCACUUCAACCACACCCUAGUGACCUCAGAUCUUCCCUCCCCAGCAUUGCAGAGCACCCUUUUACAGCAAUUAGGUGUUGCACCCUUUUCGGAGGGUCCAUGGCCUCUGUACAUUCACCCUCAAUCAUUAUCAGUGCUCUCCAGACUUCUCCUCAUAUGGCAGCACAAAGCUACUCUGCAGGGAGAACCGGAUGUUCCUGAGUGUAUGAAAGUUUGGGAAAGAUUUUUGGGAACCUUAAAGCAACACGCCAUCCAGGGUUCUAUUCAUGGCGAAGAUGACCUUAAUGUGGAACACCUCCAGCUGCUGCUGCUCCUUUUCCACAAUCUGUCAGAGCGUGGUCGUCGAUCAGUCCUCACCUUAGUCACACAGGCUAUUACAGAGGUGGCACAGAGCAGAGACUCCCAGCUGAAAGCUGUGCCCCUCAAUUUGGCCCGCCUGUUGCUGGUUUUUGACUACCUGCUGCGCCACUACUCCAAGGCUCCUUUAUAUCUUUUUGAACAGGUGCAGUACAACCUUCUUACCCCACCAUCUACUGGGGCAAGUUCUGUUCAGGAAGGUGGAAAACGCAGCAACAUCCCACUUUACUAUGGAUUCAAAGAGGUGGAGGAGAACUGGGCUAAACACUGUUCGACAGAUUCCAAUGUCCAGCCCAAGUUCUACUGCGUUCUGUCUCCUGAGGUGUCUGAAGAUGAUAUCAGCAGACUAGAUAGCAAGGUCUUUCCAAAGCUUUUUAAUGGAGCAGUGAAAUAUGAUGAGCUGUAUAUAUGGCUCAUCUCACUCCUGGCUGCAGGCUCUCAGUUUGACACAGCAAGAAGACAAGAGAACAAGUCCAUCACUCCUAUGGAGGCCUGCUCCCUUCAGUACUACUUCCUGAUAUUGUGGAGGAUCCUUGGCGUUUUACCACCUUCCAAAGGCUUCAUGGAGCAGCUAAAGACUGGCUGCAGUGACCCCAGUGAGAGCGACAUCCUACACACACUGCGAUGGUCAUCACGUCUCCGCGUAGCUACGUAUGUAAACUGGAUCAAGGAACACUUGGUAAAGCAAGGAAUGAAAACAGACCAAGCUGCUUCUCUGGUUGAAGUGACUGCUGCUAAAUGCAGCACUGUGAAAUACGAUGUGGAGCUAGCAGAAGAGUACAUUGCCAGACAGAUUUCCACAUUCUCAAGUGUAGACCCACAUGUCAUCCUACCACUUCAUCAGUUGCCCUCUCUACAAGCCAUCUAUACGCUGGAUGCAGUCAUCUCUAAAAUUCAGGUUUCUUUAGAUGAGCAUUUGUCCAAGGUUGCCAUUGAGGCUGACACCCACAAAUCCUCUGAGAUCGCAAAAAAUCUGCUGCCUGCCACACUACAGCUCACUGACAUUUACUCAGCUUUCACAAGAUCUUACCUAUUAAUGAACAUCCCAGAGGAAGGGGAGAACAAACUGACCGAUGCCAAGCUCCAAGGUUAUGCUGCAGUUCUGGCCAUAGGUUCCACCCGAUGCAAGGCCAACAUACUUGGUCAUAAUAUUAUGCAGAACUUGCCAACAGCUGUGCAGACAGUUUGUGAGUCUUGGAAUGGUGUCCACACCACUGAAUUUCCCAACAUUGGCUCAUGGCGCAAUGCAUUUGCAAAUGAUACCAUUCCAUCAGAGAGCUACAUCAGUGCCAUCCAAGCAGCUCACCUGGGCACACUGAGUUGUCAGUCCUUGCCUCUGGCCUCUUCUCUUAAACACAUCCUUCUCUCACUGGUUCGCCUGAUUGGAGACCUCAUUGUUACUGAGGAGCUGAACCCCUCACAGGUUGUGAGCACCCUGCUGCCUCUGCUCUUGGAGAGCAGCACGGAGAGUGUAGCUGAGAUCAGCACCACUUCACUGGAGCGCAUCCUUGGCCCAUCAGAGUCUGAGGCCUUUCUAGCCCGCAUCUACGAGCGUUUGGUGACCGGAUGUUACAACAUUAUUGCCAAUCACUCAGAUCCCAACAGUGGUUUGGAUGAGUCCAUCCUUGAGGAAUGCCUUCAGUACCUUGAAAAACAACUUGAAAGCAGUCAGGUCCGAAAGGCAAUGGAAGAAUUCUUUUCAUUCAGUGGUGAGCUUGUCCAAAUUAUGAUGGCAACGGCCAAUGAAAACCUGUCUCCAAAGUUUUGUAACAGAGUGCUGAAAUUCUUCACCAAGCUUUUCCAGCUCACGGAGAAGAACCCAAACCCAAGCCUGUUAGGCCUGUGUGGCUCUUUGGCCCAGCUGGCCUGUGUGGAGCCCUCUCGUCUGCAGUCCUGGCUGACACGUAUGACUGCUACCCCACCAAAGGACUCAGAACAACUGGAAAUUGUGCAAGAAAACAGACAGCUUCUGCAGCUGCUAACCACUCAUAUUGUGCGUGACAAUAGCCAGGUGGGCGAAGGAGUGUGCACUGUACUCCUCAGCACACUUAUUCCCAUGGCAACAGACAUGCUGGCCAAUGGUGAUGGAACAGGUUUUCCUGAGCUCAUGGUCAUCAUGGCCACACUUGCCAGUGCGGGACAGGGUGCAGGCCACCUCCAGCUGCACAGGGCAGCUAUAGACUGGCUGACUAGAUGCAAAAAGUAUUUAACACAGAAGAAUGUCGUGGAAAAAGUGAGCACAAACUUGUCUCAUGGAAAGCAUGCCAGCAUGCUGGAAUGCUCAUGUCACAUCAUCUCCUAUCUAGCUGAUGUGAUGAACGCUUUGCGUCAAAGCAGCGGUCAAGGCAACUCAGCAGUGCUGAUGGAGGGAGAGGAAAAGGCCAUGGAAGUAGACUCAGACUGGGUGGAGGAACUUGUAGUAGAGGAGGAUGAUUCCCAGGCAGAGGACUCUGAUGAAGACUCACUUUGCAACAAACUUUGCACUUUUACCAUCACUCAGAAGGAAUUCAUGAACCAGCACUGGUACCACUGUCACACCUGUAAGAUGGUGGAUGGGGUAGGUGUGUGCACAGUGUGCGCCAAGGUCUGUCACAAAGACCAUGAGAUCUCCUAUGCCAAAUAUGGCUCUUUCUUCUGUGACUGCGGUGCCAAAGAGGAUGGCAGCUGCCAGGUGAGACCGAAUACCUCAGGUCAUCAUGGGAAGAGAACAACAGCGGCCCUGGUCAAACGCAGUCCCAGCAGCGGCAUGGGCUCUACUCUUAAAGAGUCUUCAGCUUUCCAGAGUGAGCUGCGUAUUCCUGAGAGUGCUAUUCGCCACCAAAAUUCCUCACCGUCUGACAAGGGCAAGGUCACCAUCUGUGAUGGCAAAUCCAGUGAUGAAGACAGACCUAAGAAGAGCAGCGUGUGCAAGAGCAUUGAAGGCUGUCAAGAAGAGCUGCUAGCACAAGUGAUGGGGUCAUCUACUGCUGCAGUCAUACUGGAAAUGCUCAUGUUUCUCAUGGAAGCUAUCCAGACCAACUUCCAGCAAGCAUCAGCAGUGGGAAGCAGCAGCCGGGCACAGCAAGCCCUCAAUGAACUGCAUACUCAGGACAAAAUUGUGGAGAUGACGGACCAGUUAAUGGUCCCCACACUUGGCUCCCAGGAAGGAGCUUUUGAGAAUGUGCGAAUGAACUACAGCGGUGACCAGGGGCAAACUAUACGCCAGCUCAUCAGUGCACAUGUCCUGCGCCGUGUUGCCAUGUGUGUUCUGUCUUCCCCCCAUGGACGGCGUCAGCACCUGGCAGUCAGCCAUGAAAAGGGGAAGAUAACAGUCCUUCAGCUGUCUACUCUCCUGAAACAAGCUGACUCAAGCAAAAGGAAGUUGACACUGACCCGUUUGGCUUCAGCCCCAGUCCCAUUCACUGUCCUUAGUCUUACAGGAAAUCCCUGUAAUGAAGACUACCUGGCUGUGUGUGGCCUUAAGGACUGCCAUGUACUAACUUUCAGCAGCACAGGUUCUGUGUCUGACCACCUGGUGUUGCAUCCACAACUGGCCACUGGCAACUUUAUCAUCAAAGCUAUCUGGUUACCAGGCUCACAGACUGAACUUGCCAUCAUCACUGCUGACUUUGUCAAGAUCUAUGACUUGUCAGUGGAUGCCCUGAGUCCAAUGUACUAUUUCCUGCUCCCAAGUUCCAAGAUUCGUGAUGCUACAUUCCUUUUCAAUGAAGAGGGGAAGAACAUUAUUGUCAUCAUGUCAUCAGCAGGUUACAUGUACACCCAGGUCAUGGAUGAAUCUAGCAGUGCUCAGCAUGGCCCUUUUUAUGUUACAAAUGUAUUGGAGAUAACCCACGAAGACUUGAAGGAUAGCAAUGGACAGGUAGCUGGCGGUGGUGUUUCUGUCUAUUACUCCCAUGUCCUUCAGAUGCUUUUCUUCAGCUACAGCCAGGGGAAGUCAUUCGCUGCCACAGUGAGCCGCAGCACAACUGAUGUGCAGAGGCUCUUUGCCAUCAAUGUGAAAGGCUCCAAUGGUGGCAGCAGUAAGAUGUCUCCUGCACUGUGCCAGUGGUCUGAGGUCAUGAACCAUCCAGGCCUUGUGUGCUGUGUGCAACAGACAACAGGCAUACCUCUGGUUAUCAUGGUCAAACCUGACACCUUCCUCAUCCAAGAGAUUAAAACCCUGCCAGCCAAAGCUAAGAUUCAAGAUAUGGUAGCUAUCCGACACACUGCCAGUAAUGAGCAGCAGCGCACUACCAUGAUUCUUCUAUGUGAGGAUGGCAGCUUGCGAAUCUACAUGGCAAAUGUGGACAACACCUCCUACUGGCUCCAGCCCUCAUUGCAGCCCAGCUGUGGCAUAAGCAUCAUGAAGCCAGUCCGCAAGCGCAAGGCCGCUGCUGCCACCACCCGGACUUCCAGUCAGGUGACAUUCCCAGUGGAUUUCUUUGAACACAACCAGCAACUGACAGAGGUGGAGUUUGGGGGUAAUGACUUGCUGCAGGUCUACAACGGACAGCAGAUCAAACACAGGCUCAACUCCACAGGGAUGUAUGUGGCCAACACAAAGCCUGGAGGGUUCACUGUAGAGGCAGUAAACAACAACAGUUCAAUGGUGAUGACAGGUAUGCGGGUUCAGGUGGGCACCCAGGCCAUUGAAAGGGCUCCUUCUUAUGUGGAGGUCUUUGGACGCACCAUGCAGAUAAAUCUGACAAGAGCUCGCUGGUUUGACUUCCCCUUCACGAGAGAGGAGGCCCUGCAGGCUGACAAGAAGCUGUCUAUAUUUAUUGGAGCAUCUGUUGACCCAGCUGGAGUCACCAUGCUUGAUUCAAUUAAGAUCUAUGGAAAAACCAAGGAGCAGUUUGGCUGGCCUGAGGAUCCACCAGAAGACUUCUCAUCUGCCUCAGUUAACAAUGUCUGCAGUCCCAGCCUCAACCAGGGCAAUGGGACCUCUGAUGGAGACAUAGCCACCCCAACAACAACUAAUGGCACUGUAUUAGAGAGUUGUGAAACUGAGUCCUUAUCAACAUUGGACCGGUUGGUGGUCAGCUCCCUUGAAGCUUUGGAAAGCUGUUUUGCAGUUGGUUCAUCCAGUGAAAAGGAGAAAAACAAGGCUGCAGCACUGGAGUUGGCAACUUUACUUCUGUCGAUGCCAACACCUGUAGGUGUGCAGCAGCAGACAAAGGGGCUUCUUGCCAGUCUGCACACAAGCCGUACUGCCUACCACAAUCACAAGGACCAGUCCUUGCUGAGCAAUGCUGUGCAGUGUCUGAAUAGUUGCAGCCGGGAAGGGAAAGAGCUAGACCCUGAUGUCUUCCAAAGACUUGUAAUCACUGCCCGCUCCAUUGCGAUCAUGAGACCCAACAACUUGGUGCAUUUCACAGAAACAAAAUCAUUGCACCAUGACUCGGAGGUGACAGAGGAUGGACAAAAGCAUGUGGAUAGUGAGAACUGUAAUUUUAUUGCACAACUGAUGAAUAACUUCUGGAAACUUCAUGCCCUAAAACCAAAGAAUGCCUUUCUUGCUCCUGCUUGCUUGCCUGGUCUAACUCAUGUGGAAGCAACAGUAAAUGCCUUGGUAGACAUCAUCCAUGCAUACUGCACAUGUGAGCUGGAUUACGUCAAUGUAGCCUCCAAAAUCUACAUGCAGAUGUUACUGUGUCCUGACACUGCUGUCAGCUUUUCUUGCAAGCAGGCUCUGAUCAGAGUGCUUAGACCAAGAAACAAGCGACGCCAUGUGACCCUUCCAUCUCCCCCACGUUCCAACACACCUAUGGGAGACAAGGAUGAUGAUGACGACGACGAUGCAGAUGACAAAAUGCAGUCAUCAGUGUUGACUGGUGGAGAAGAGGGUCGACAGGAGAGCCAAGAACAAAAUGAAGUGGACCAUGGCGACUUUGAGAUGGUGUCCGAGUCUAUGGUCCUGGAGACAGCAGAAAAUGUCAACAAUGGAAAUCCAUCUCCCCUCGAGGCUCUGCUUGCUGGAGCUGAAGGUUUCCCCCCCAUGCUUGACAUACCUCCUGAUGCAGAUGAUGAAACCAUGGUAGAGUUGGCAAUUGCUCUAAGCCUGCAGCAGGAUCAACAGGGCAGUAGCAGCAGUGCUCUUGGGCUUCAGAGUCUAGGCCUGUCUGGCCAGGCCCCAAGCUCCUCUUCACUUGAUGCUGGCACCCUGUCAGACACCACUGCAUCAGCCCCGGCAUCAGAUGAUGAGGGCAGCACAGCUGCUACUGAUGGUUCCACAUUGCGGACCUCCCCAGCUGAGCACGGCGGCAGCGUGGGCUCAGAGAGUGGAGGUUCUGCUAUCGACUCUGUAGCAGGGGAGCACAGUGUGUCAGGUCGCAGCAGUGCAUAUGGAGACACAACAGCGGAAGGCCACCCCGCUGGUCCAGGCAGCGUGAGUUCCAGCACUGGAGCCAUUAGUACCACCACAGCCCAGCAGGAAUGUGAAGGCUCAGAAGGUGAAGGAGAGACUGAAGGAGACAUUCAUACAAGCAACAGGUUGCACAUGGUUCGUCUUAUGCUACUGGAGCGUUUGCUUCAGCACCUUUCUCAGCUCCACAAUGUAGGUGGAGUCCAAGCUAUCCCUUACAUGCAAGUUAUCCUCAUGUUGACCUCUGACCUUGACGGCGAGGAUGAAAAGGAUAAAGGUGCUUUGGAUGACCUGCUUGCACAGCUCAUUGCCGAGCUUGGCAUGCACAAGAAGGAUGUUUCCAAGAAGAAUGAGCGUAGUUCCAUAAAUGAAGUUCAUUUGGUCAUCAUGAGGCUGCUUAGUGUCUUCAUGUCUCGAACAAAGUCUGGAUCCAAAUCUUCCUCUGAGUCAUCCUCCCUCAUUUCCAAUGCCACAGCAACCGCCUUGCUCAGCCUGGGUUCUAUUGACUACUGCCUCCAAGUGCUCAAGUCACUCCUGGAGUUUUGGAAGAGCCAACAGGGUGAAGAAGAGCCAGUGACUGCCAGCCAGCUCCUCCGCACACACACAGCUUCCUCUCCCCCUGACAUGAGUCCUUUCUUCCUUCGCCAAUAUGUUAAGGGGCAUGCUGCUGAUGUGUUUGAAGCCUACUCCCAGUUGUUGACUGAAAUGGUGCUUCGGCUGCCAUAUCAGAUAAAGAAAAUUGCUGACGCCAACCCACGUAUCCCACCUCCUGUAUUUGAUCAUUCCUGGUUCUACUAUCUAUCUGAAUAUCUGAUGAUACAACAGACACCAUUCGUCAGGAGGCAAGUCAGAAAACUGUUGUUGUUCAUUUGCGGCUCAAAGGAAAAAUAUCGUCAGCUACGAGACCUGCACACUCUUGACUCUCAUGUGCGCAGCAUCAAAAAGCUUCUAGAGGAACAGGGCAUCUUCCUCCGGGCUGGUGUAGUCACUGCCUCUUCUGGCUCAGCCCUACAGUAUGACACACUCAUCAAUCUGAUGGAACACCUGAAAGCUUGUGCUGAAAUUGCCACUCAAAGGACAAUCAACUGGCAGAAGUUCUGCAUGAAGGAUGACUCUGUCUUGUACUUCUUGCUCCAAGUCAGUUUCUUGGUGGAUGAGGGCGUUUCCCCAGUUUUGCUGCAACUCCUCUCCUGUGCUCUGUGUGGCAGCAAGGUGCUGGCCAGCUCCUCCUCUACUUCAUCCUCAUUCUCAGGCGGAGGGUCUGGUAGUGCUGGACAGACAGGAGCCUCUCAGUCCUCUCAGAGCAAGUCUUCUAGUAAAAAGAGCAAAAAAGAAGACAAAGAGAAAGAAAAAGAUGGGGAUGGUGUUGGUAGCCAGGAGGAUCAGCUUUGUAUGGCUCUGGUCAGUCAGCUUAACAAAUUUGCAGACAAGGAGACGCUCAUUCAGUUCCUACGCUGUUUCUUGCUGGAGUCAAACUCAUCUGCUGUGCGCUGGCAAGCCCACUGCUUGGCGCUGCAUAUCUACAGGAACUCUAGUAAAUCUCAGCAGGAGCUGCUGCUUGAACUGACUUGGGCCAUCUGGCCAGAGCUUCCUGCAUAUGGCCGUAAAGCUGCCCAGUUUGUCGACCUACUUGGUUACUUCUCACUCAAAACCCCUCAAACUGAGAAAAAGCUGAAGGAGUAUUCCCAAAAGGCUGUGGAAAUCCUGAGAGCACAGAACCAUAUCCUGACAAAUCACCCCAACUCCAAUAUAUACAACACACUCUCAGGAUUAGUGGAGUUUGAUGGCUUUUAUCUGGAAAGUGACCCCUGCUUGGUGUGCAACAAUCCAGAAGUUCCCUUCUCCAAUAUAAAACUGUCAUCCAUCAAAGUAGACACCCGCUAUACGACCACACAACAGGUUGUCAAGCUCAUUGGUAGCCACACCAUCAGCAAAGUCACAGUGAAGAUUGGUGACCUCAAACGCACCAAAAUGGUCCGCACCAUCAAUCUCUAUUACAACAACAGGACAGUCCAGGCGAUCGUGGAGCUGAAGAAUAAGCCUGCUCGUUGGCACAAAGCCAAGAAAGUUCAGCUCACCCCGGGACAAACAGAAGUGAAGAUUGACCUUCCCUUACCUAUCGUCGCUUCCAACUUGAUGAUUGAGUUUUCCGAUUUCUACGAGAACUACCAGGCUUCCACUGAGACCCUGCAGUGUCCACGCUGCAGUGCUUCCGUACCGGCCAACCCCGGUGUGUGUGGCAACUGCGGUGAGAAUGUGUAUCAGUGCCACAAGUGCAGGUCUAUCAAUUAUGACGAAAAAGACCCCUUCCUGUGCAACGCCUGUGGUUUCUGCAAAUAUGCCCGAUUUGACUUCAUGCUGUAUGCUAAACCAUGCUGUGCUGUGGAUCCUAUUGAAAAUGAGGAAGACAGGAAAAAGGCUGUGACCAACAUUAACACCCUGUUGGACAAAGCUGACCGGGUCUACCACCAGCUGAUGGGUCACCGGCCUCAGUUGGAGAGUCUCUUGUCUAAAGUCAAUGAGGCAGCACCGGAGAAGCCCCAGGAUGACACUGGAGCAGGAGCAGGACUUGGUGCAUCCUCUGCUAAUGUGAACAGAUACAUUCAGCAACUGGCUCAGGAAUACAGUGGAGAUUGCAAGACCUCAUUUGAUGAACUCUCCAAGAUUAUACAGAAAGUGCUUGCAUCUCGUAAAGAGCUCUUGGAGUAUGACCUACAACAGAGAGAGGCUGCCACUAAGUCAUCUCGGAGCAGCAGUAGCCACCAGCCCACCUUCACCGCCAGUCAGUACCGCGCCCUCUCUGUGCUGGGCUGCGGCCAUACAUCUUCAACCAAGUGUUACGGCUGUGCUUCAGCUGUUACAGGUCACUGCAUCACACUGCUCCGCGCACUGGCCACCAAUCCAGCCCUUCGGCAGAUCCUAGUCCUUCAGGGUCUCAUCCGUGAGCUGUUUGAGUAUAACUUGCGUCGAGGUACAGCAGCCAUGAGGGAGGAGGUGCGCCAGCUGGUCUGUCUCCUCACUAGAGAUCACCCAGAAGCCACUCAGCAGAUGAACGAUCUGAUCAUUGCCAAGGUGUCAGCUGCCCUCAAAGGUCACUGGGCCAAUCCUGAUCUGGUUAGUAAUUUGCAGUAUGAAAUGCUGCUGCUAACGGACUCCAUUUCAAAAGAGGGUGGAUGCUGGGAAUUACGGUUGCGUUGUGCCCUCAGCCUGUUCCUCAUGUCUGUCAACAUAAAGACACCGGUAGUGGUGGAAAACAUCACACUGAUGUGCCUGAGAAUCCUGCAAAAGCUGAUUAAGCCCCCUGCUCCCACUAGCAAGAAGAACAAGGAUGCUGCCAUUGAGUCUCUGACUACAGUCAGGCCCUACAGUAAUGAAAUCCACGCCCAGGCCCAACUCUGGCUCAAAAAAGAUCCCAAAGCAUCUUAUGAGGCCUGGAAAAAGUGUCUUCCAGCAAGAUGUCAGGAAACGAUGUCAAAACCUCAGGGGAAGGCUGAGUUACGGAAACAGUAUCUACUUGAGAAGUAUGUGUGGAAGUGGAAACAGUUCAUGAGGUCUAGAAAAGGAGAAGGCCUUUUCCCGCGCCUGCUUAAACUGAGCCACAACAACUGGCUGCGACAGGUUCUUUUCACACCUGCCACCCAGGCUGCAAGACAGGCAGCUUGCACUAUUGUGGAGGCACUUACCACAAUCCCUAGCCGCAAGCAACAGGUCCUGGACCUGCUCACCAGUUAUCUGGAUGAACUGAGUGUCGCUGGAGAGUGUGCAGUGGAGUAUCUGGGUCUGUACCAGAAGCUGAUUAAGCCAACACACUGGAAGAUUUAUCUGGCUGCCCGGGGAGUCCUGCCCUACAUUGGCAACCUGAUCACCAAGGAAAUAGCCAAUCUGUUGGCUCUAGAGGAGGCUACACUGAGCACAGACUUGCAGCAAGGCUACGCCCUGAAGAGCUUGACUGGUUUGCUGUCAUCUUUUGUCGAAGUGGAGUCCAUUAAGCGGCAUUUCAAAAGUAGGUUGGUCGGCACGGUUCUUAAUGGUUAUCUGUGCCUGAGGAAGUUGGUGGUUCAGCGAACCAAACUCAUUGAUGAAACUCAGGAUAUGCUACUUGAGAUGCUGGAAGACAUGACGACAGGAACCGAGUCUGAAACCAAAGCUUUUAUGGCAGUGUGCAUAGAGACUGCAAAGCGGUACAACCUGGAUGACUACAGAACACCUGUGUUCAUUUUUGAGAGACUUUGCAGCAUCAUCUACCCUGAAGAGAAUGAGGUGACAGAGUUCUUUGUGACGCUGGAAAAGGAUCCUCAGCAAGAGGACUUCUUGCAGGGUCGCAUGCCAGGAAACCCCUACAGCAGCAACGAGCCCGGCAUCGGUCCUCUGAUGAGGGACAUCAAAAACAAGAUCUGCCAAGACUGCGACCUGGUGGCUCUUCUUGAAGAUGACAGUGGCAUGGAGCUUCUGGUAAACAACAAAAUCAUUAGUUUGGAUUUGUCAGUGGCAGAGGUCUAUAAGAAGGUGUGGUGUCCUACAAAUGAGGGUGAGCCAAUGAGAAUCAUCUAUCGUAUGAGAGGACUACUUGGAGAUGCUACUGAGGAGUUCAUAGAGUCACUGGAUUCAACUACAGAUGAGGAGGAGGAUGAUGAAGAAGUGUACAAGAUGGCAGGAGUGAUGGCACAGUGUGGAGGACUCGAGUGUAUGCUCAACCGGCUGUCUGGAAUCAAAGACUUUAAACAAGGAAGACAUCUGCUCACCGUUUUGCUGAAGUUGUUCAGUUACUGUGUGAAAGUGAAGAUCAAUAGGCAACAGCUUGUCAAACCAGAGAUGAACACACUCAAUGUCAUGCUGGGAACUCUAAACUUGGCCUUAGUGGCAGAACAAGAGAGUAAGGAUAGUGGUGGAGCCUCUAUAGCAGAGCAAGUCCUGAGCAUCAUGGAGAUCAUUCUGGAUGAGGCCAAUGCUGAGAUUUCAGAGGACAAGGGUAACCUUCUCCUUACAGGAGACAAGGAUCAGCUUGUCAUGUUGUUAGACCAGAUCAACACCCUGUUUGUGCGCUCCAACCCCAGCGUGCUCCAGGGUCUUCUGCGCAUUAUUCCAUACCUGUCUUUUGGCGAACUAGAGAAGAUGAGGAUUCUGGUGGAACGCUUCAAACCGUGUUGCAACUUUGACAAGUACGACGAGGAGCAUAGUGCUGAUGACAAAGUGUUUUUGGACUGCUUCUGUAAAAUCGCUGCUGGAAUCAAAAAUAACAGCAACGGCCAUCAACUGAAAGAUCUUAUUCUGCAAAUAGGAAUCACACAGAGUGCACUGGACUACAUGAAGAAGCAUAUCCCAAAUGCCAAAAAUCUGGAUGCGGAUGUUUGGAAGAAAUUCCUCUCUAGACCUGCUCUACCCUUUAUUCUCAGACUUCUCCGUGGUUUGGCUACCCAGCAUCCCCCCACACAGGUGCUCAUAGGCACAGAUUCGAUAACAAACUUGCACAAGCUGGAGCAGGUAUCCAGUGAUGAAGGCAUAGGAACUCUAGCAGAGAACCUUCUAGAGGCUCUGAGGGAACACAGUGACGUCAACUUGAAGAUUGAAGCAGCCCGCAGAGAAACCAGAGCUGAGAAAAAGCGUAUGGCUAUGGCUAUGAGGCAGAAGGCUCUGGGAACUCUUGGCAUGACGACCAAUGAAAAGGGGCAGGUGGUGACAAAGACUUCACUCUUGAAGCAAAUGGAAGAGCUGAUAGAGGAACCAGGCUUGACCUGCUGUAUCUGUAGAGAAGGUUACAAGUUCCAGCCAACCAAAGUCCUGGGUAUUUACACUUUCACAAAGCGUGUAGCCUUGGAGGAAUUUGAAAACAAGCCUCGCAAGCAGCAGGGUUACAGCACUGUGUCGCACUUUAACAUAGUCCACUAUGACUGCCAUCUGGCAGCAGUCAGGCUGGCUCGUGGGCGAGAGGAAUGGGACAGUGCUGCUCUCCAGAAUGCUAACACCAAGUGCAAUGGUCUGCUUCCUGUGUGGGGGCCACAUGUGCCAGAAUCAGCUUUUGCUACAUGCCUAGCAAGGCACAACACAUAUCUUCAGGAGUGCACAGGCCAGCGAGAGCCCACAUACCAACUCAACAUCCACGAUACCAAACUGCUGUUCCUCCGCUUUGCUACUGAGCAGUCAUUCAGCGUGGACACAGGAGGUGGAGGUCGGGAGAGCAACAUCCACCUCAUCCCCUAUAUCAUCCACACUGUUCUCUAUGUCCUCAACACUACAAGGGCUACGUCCCGAGAGGAGAAGAACCUGCAGAGUUUCCAGGAGCAACCAUGUGAGAAAUGGGUUGAAAGCUCAUAUGAAGUUGAAGGGCCCCACUAUUACACCAUCCUGGCCAUGCACAUCAUGCCACCCGAACGGUGGAGAAGUUCUCGUCUGUACUUCCUGCGGAGACUUCUGGGCACUGCGCAUGCCCGUAAAGUCUCGGCAGCCUGUGCAAACAAGCUCACAGAUAAAACACCAAAGGAAUAUGCAGUGUAUCGCUCACCUCUUCUUUUCUGGGGCCUGGUGGACCUGGUCUACGACAUGUUCAGGAAGGUACCAACCAGCAACACAGAGGGCGGCUGGUCCUUCUCACUGGCAGAAUAUGUCCGUCACAAUGACAUGCCCAUCUAUGAGGCCUCCGAGCGUGUGCUCAGGGCUUUCCAGGAUGAACUCAUGCCCGCUGAAUCCCUGUCAGAGUUCUUUGAUGUUGUAGGUCUCCUCUCUGAAAUUCCAGACCCGGACCUCUUCCUGCAGGAUUUGUUGAACUCUUUGCCCUAAUGGCCAACCUCAAACCACAACCCCUCAAACACAAAACGCCCCUGCAAUUAUCAUCUGGACACCUACCAGCUGAACAAAAAUUUACUUUUUACACACUGAUAUUCACACAGUGUAUACACCACGCUUCCUACUUAACUCCCACUCCCAUAUGACAUCUUCAAAUGAUCUUUAAGCAGAAACUAUGUGUAGUUUAAAAAAAACAAAGAAAAAGAGAAAAGAUCCAUCUCUGUAAAGUUUAACACAGAAACACCGUGCUGUCAAAGGUUGGGGAGGGCACACAAAACAGAAUUUACACUUUGAUUCAAACUCUUUCAGACUAGAGUUGAGAUCACAACUUGUUUUGUUUCAGGAAGCUUGAGGGAAAAAUGAAGCAGGGCUCUGCCGACCACCCAGCCACAACCAUUCACAUCUGUCACCAUCAAGGCAUCUGUCUCUUUAUGAUGCCAUAGAUGAUCAAAAAAAGGCCAGCUGAAUUUAAUGAUUCAUGUGAAAAGAAGAAAUAAUAGUUUUUUUUGUUGAUGGGAACAGCCUACGAAUUCUGUUUUGUUGUGAUCCUAUCUUUUGGCUUUAAACUCCUCCCCCUCUCUUUGGGGUACAAUAACUAAAAUGUUUUGGGUAUUUGACCCACCACCUAUGAAGAGCGGCAUUUGAUUUUAACUCCUUUUCCUUUUUUUUUGUUUUUUUUUUCUUUCCAUUUUUGUUGUGCUUUAAGUUUUUUUUUGGUAAGGGUUUUUUAAAAUGGCAGAAGGUUUCACUGUCACAUGGUUGCAAGCUAACCUGUCCUUUUCUUCUGGGCUUUUGCUGUUUGAUCUUCAUGUAGAGUCUAACUGGAAUUUGAGUGACGGACAGGGAAACAAAAAAGCAGUUUGGUUUUAUUUUUUUCUUGUAUCGACCUUGGAAGCAAAGAGGGGGAAAGAACAAUGAAGUGUUUUAUUUUCUUCCACAAAGCUAUGCCUUGGUGAUGAAGUAAACUUUGGAUUGAUGAAAACAUUUCCAUCUGUUGCAAUGAAACACCAGACUUGUCUAAAUGAAUAAUAAACAUAGACCUACAUUAUAUCCUUUACACUUUUUCUCUUUUGACUAAUUAUUUUUAUUUUUUUCCCUCUUGAGCCUCUCUGCACUCUUUAAUUUAGGUUUUGGUUUUCCUCAGAAUUUCUGGAAACACACACGUCAGUUUCCAGAACAGAUUUCUGGAAAGCAAAGUCUCACUUUUACCCUCAACAGUUGAGCAAACUUUGAACUUACAGUUAUUACAGAACCCUUGUACUCAAGAGUUGAAUGCAUGGUGUGGAGUUCACCCAGUUUCUCGUCAAUUCACCUAUUCCCGCUGCUAUACGAUGUUUAACUGUUGCUGAAUGUCUGCUUUUUGAAUUUAGCCUAUGAUUAAUAAAGCCGUAAUAAUUCCAAAUCUGA